AUGACCGACUCAACACGCAGUCGAACACCAUCCCGACCAACCCGAAUGGGAUCCUCAGACUCAUCUUGCUUGACAGCAAGGGGUCCUAGUGUUCCCAGUACACCGCUCCGUACACCUUUGGCGAGUUCGACGAGGGGAGCCGGAGCCAUCAAGUCUGGAACGGGCGCGUCGGCCAGUCCGCAAGGUGAGCUUGGGCAAGGGGAUGGUGUGUAGCGUUGGAACUGACUUUGAUCGACCGACUUGGGUUUUGCAGUGAAAGCGGCACUAGCGGCGAUGAGGAACAAGCAACGCAGUAGCGCCAGUAGUGGUCAGACAGCUUCGAGCACGAGCGCGUUGCCCACGAAUUCGGACUCGAAAGCCCUCGCUUCCAGUUCGAGCUUGGCGUCAUCUUCUUCGUCUCUUAUGAUUGGCGUGGACAAGUACAACGCGUAUUCUACACCACCCCGGAAAGCAAUGCAGAGUGGGAACGCUUCAGAAGAGGACGAUGCCGUUCAAGAGUUUCGGUUCGGGCAGAGGACGAUCGCGGUUAGAGCCGAGCAACGGCAAACAGCGCAGGAGAGGGAGGAUGACGUUGAAGAAGAAGAAGAGGUCGUUAUUGAUUGGGGUACGGGAGCCAAGUCGACUAGAGAUGUCGUCGAGGCAGCAAAGACGACGGGUGAGGUCCCCUCGCGAUUCCGUCCUCGAAAGGAGCCCUUACCUGACCAACAUGUAUCCCGCAGGUGUGCUCGUCCUUGCCUCGCGAGAGCUCGAGUCCAUACCUCUCCUGGUGUACGAAGCGCUCAUGUCCAAAGCAUCGGUCUAUCACCCGACCCGUCAACGUACUCGCGCGAGCGGAUCGAAAGGAAAAGACCCUGCCCCCAUCAUCGAUUUCGGUACCUCUUACGACGAUCGAAAGACGGCUUGGUACGAGCAGCGUGAACUUCGUAGUCUGUCGGUUGCGAAUAAUGAGAUCAAAGAAAUACAAGAGAUGAUUGCGGGGUUUGAGGAGCUGGAGACCCUCGAUGUAGGUUCUUUUGUCGAGGGUUUGGCGAUCUUGGACGGCUGAGCUGACCUCAGGGUCUUGGAACAGCUCCACAACAACUACCUCGCCUCUCUACCUACCUCACUAGCGCAUUUGUCGAAUCUUACAUCGCUGAACCUCUCCGCGAACAAGCUCACGACCUUCCCGAUUCAACUCCUCGCCUUGCACUCGCUCACGUCCCUCAACCUCGCUUCGAACCAGCUCACCCACCUCUGGCCCGUAGACUGGCGCCUUCAUCUCUCCGAUACGCUCCACUCAGCAUCCCUUUCGCCAACGGCGACGCCCGAUUCAUCACCUGAACAAAGCGGAGGUGACGCCCUGGGCUUCUGGUCCACUCCUGCACCAAGCGCCAAAUCCAAACCCACAACAGACCCUUCUCCGUCGAGCACGGAUACCCCAUCCAAAGCCCCUCUCACUCGCCUAACCGAGCUAAUCCUAUCCGACAACCCUUUCUCACCCGACGUCUUCCAAGACCCCGGAUGGAGUUUCCCUUCGAAAUUGAAGGAAAUACAUCUCGCCGAUUCAGGAUUGGUCGAAACCUCCUUCCCUGCGCUCGUGUUCGGGAAACUGGCGCAUCUUCAAGAGCUUAAUUUGGCGGGGGCGAAUAUCCUCUCAUCGCCAUUUCAUGUCGAGGACGUCGUGGAUGAAGAAAGGGAGCUCUUCCCUUCGUUGACACGAUUGGAUCUCUCACGCAACUCGAUCGAUUCGCUCCUCCAUCUCGAAGCGUUCCUCGUUCGAGAUGUUAAACGACCGAUCGAGUAUGUAGGCUUGGACAAGAGUAUCAUGAACUUGGUUAAGGCCAGGGGAAGGCCUAAUGGGGACGUGGAAGGAAGGGAGGAGGUCAGGGUUGUGUUGCACGAUAAUCCAAUGAGGGAGGAACAGGUUAGGAGGAGGGCGUUGUUUGGUCGACCAGCUGCGUCGGAGGGAGUUAGGGAGGGGGUCAAGGUCGAGCUGGCGAGUGCUGCACCGACGAAGAGUACGGCGAAGCGGAGAGUGGUCAAAGAACAAUGGGAGAUUGACGCAGAGAAUGGGCUGCUGACGGAGGGUGGGAAAAGGAGAGCGAGGAUCGAGGCGAUGAGGAGGGCUAAAGAGGAGGAGGAAAUGAGGAAAGAGGUGGAGAGGAGAGGAGAGAAGGUGGAGGUGGAUGAGACGAGGACGAUUGUGGGAGCUUUGUUGGGACUCAAGGUGGAGGACCGGGAUGAGAAGGGGCAAGAGGCGGCGGAGGAGAGGGGGCAGGCUCAGGAAGAAGAGGCACCGCCACCCGAAUAUUCACCUACGCCUACGCCUGUGGCGCCAAUAUUGACGCCUGAAGCACCAAGUGCGACGGUACCCGCCAAGGCGAGCAAGGACGACCCUGCUAUCCAACUUGUCAGCUUAGCGCACAAGGUGAUAUCGUCGACCAUCGAUCUGUCGUCCAAGUCGCUCGAAACGCUGCCGACCCCUUUGGGCUCCCCACCUUCGCAUCUCUCUUCGCCUUCGUCGCUCAUCCUCUCGCGGAAUCAGUUCAGGUGUUUGUCGACAUCCACGCUCUCAACAUGGACUUGGGCAAACACCCUUCGGUCACUCGACCUCUCGUACAACCGCUUGACGGUCUUCACACCGGACAGCGCUCUCCCCAACUUGACCUCGUUGAACCUCUCCAACAACCAGCUCACGGAACUCGAUCCAAACCUCGCUUCAUCGACCUCUAACUUAACUUCACUCGAUCUCUCCCGGAAUCGACUUACAUCAGACUCCAGUCUUUCGCCCUUCUUGAGACCCACCCCUUCCACUCCAUCAACACUCACCACCCUCAACCUCUCCGGCAACUCCCUCUCCUCCCUCCCUGCCCUCCUCGAACUCGCCACGACCAUCAGAGGCCCGUCCUCUCUCGACCAAGCCCGAUCCAAACACAACCUCUCCCUCCGUUCGCUCGACCUAAGGGACAACGAUCUCCUCAAGCUCGAGACGAAAUUGGGGUGGUUACCGCUGGGAUUGGAGGUGUGGUUGAGUGGGAAUCGGUUUAGGGUGCCAAGGAGGGAGGUGUAUGAUUCGGCUCAGGGGGCGAAGGAAAUUGUAGGGUGGUUGAGGGAAAGGAUUGUGGAGGAGUGA